UCACAAAACCACCACUAGCACCAAAACCAAAGAUUAUCGGUCAUCUGUCUCCAGUAGCUGUCCCCAAAUUUUCUCCUUCGCUGACAAGAUCUGAUGUUCUUCAUAAUCCAAACUCUAUGUCUAGGGGUCCAAAACCACCCAUUGCUCCCAAGCCAAAACUCUCAGCCGACACUGAGGGGAGAGCUAGUGUCUACACCAACAAUAACUUAAAUAAGUGCACAAAUGGAAAGCUGAUAUGUUCUGAUGGAGAGUUGUAUGAAGGAAAUCAGCACAGUACCGAGUGCCUGGACUCAGAGGCUGAUGAUGAAUACAUUGUGGUUCCUGAAGAUCAGCUGACAGGGAAAGACUGUGAUGAUCUGGAUCCCGAGCAUGACCACAGCUUCAAGCCGUCUGCAGAGAAUGAGACAUUAGAAACUCCGGAAAUGGCAGAGGAAGAAGAUAACAGCACUACUAAUGAUGAGGAGAUCUGUGACCCAGAAAUAACUGAAGCACAGGGCAACGACUGUUCAGAUAGGGAUGAACCAGUAGAACCAGAGUCAGAUGAAUUAACAGACACUGGAGACUGUAAUGAGCCCGAAGCAAUUUGUCAAAUGUCUUCAGCCACACCUGAUGUAGAAGAGGAUGCUUCUAAGGAUAUGGAAGAAGAAGAAGAAGUAGACAGCAUAAACAAUCCCAAUGAAACCAAAACAUAUUUGGCAGGUGAGGAUGAAGAUGCUUUUAAUAACCAGGAUGUAGUGAAGGACAAUAAUGAGUAUAAUCUUGAAAGUGAUAAGAUUUUAAAUAGAGAUGAGGACUUGGAGGGCAGUAUCUGCCAAGAUAUUAUUUUAACACCUGUAGAUAUAGAUGAGUCAAUUCCAAGUUGUGAACCACUAGGAGAAGAGCAGGAGGCUGAGCUGUCCCAAACUUUAGAAGAAGAAGUAUCAAAUCCUGAUACAGAAGUCAGUCCAGCCAACAACGAUGAGCUGGAUGAUAAUGCAGAAUUGGUCUUGGCUACAGAAGAGGACUUAGUAGAUGAUGGCUGUGCAAGUCCUGAUACACUUCCUGAUGAGGUUGAUGGAGAAACAGAUGUUGGAUUAGAAAUAACUGAAGAUGAACCUGAUGUGGAAGAGGAUUUGGAAGGAGCCCACAAAGAAGCUGCAGUGGAAGGAGAGGAAGUAGUUCCAGAUAAUGACAAUGAAACAACUGUGGAAAAGGAAGAAAACAUAGAUGAUGGUUACCAAACUACUGAGAUGAAAAGUGAGGAAGAAACAUCAGAGCCAGCAUGUGAAGCAAGUGAAGACUCUGAGAAAGGGGAAGAAGAAAUGCUGAAGGUAGAAAAUGGUGAUGAUAGUUGUCAAAUUAUUCCUUUUGAGAAUGACUGCAAUGAGGAGGAUAUUGAAACUCCCCGAGAAAACUCAGAUGAGACUCCUGAAAAGGAAGAGACUUUUUUGAAUGAUGGUAACCAACUCUCCUGUUCUCAAACACUUCCUGAGUCAGGAUAUGAGCCAGAGCUAGAAACAGAGUCUACACCAGAAGUACUUGUGGAAGAGUGUGGUGACAAUACUAUUGGAGUCUGUGAAUCAGAUGAUCAGCUGCUUGAAAGCAGCAAGGAGAAUCACGACAGCCUUGAAGAAAAUGACUCAAAUCUGCCUGAACAAGUACCAGCUGAGAAGGACUUAGAUGAAUGUGAUCAAAGCAAAGCUGAAGCAGAUAGUGAGAGUGAGCAUGAGCCUGGUGAGAGUUUACUCAUUCCUGAAGUAGUUGUUGUGCCUGAGGAAUCAGAAGAGAGAGAAACAAUUUAUGAUUCUUUAGAUGACCCUUAUGUGUUGCCAGCAGAAACAGAAAACCCACGUGAUGGAGAAGCAGUGUUAGGAGCAGAUAUUCCAUAUGAUCACAGCAAGAGAGAAGAACUAGACCCCGAAAACAGCUUGCUCUCAAUUGAUCGGAAGAAUAUUGUCACUAGAACAAGAUCCCUCUCUGGGAAAAUGCCUGGCUAUGUGCCAGAAACUGUUCCAGAAGAAUCUGGGCCAGAUACUGACUUGCCAUCUUCAAACAAUGACUCAGUGACUAAAGAUUUAAGUAAUAACUUACUAACGGUGGAAGGAAAACAAAUAGAAGCCAACAGGGCACUGCCAGCUAAGUCAAGGCGCUUUAUUUUAUACCCUCGGUCUUACUCAGUAGAAGGUAGAGAUAUGCCAGGGUCUGUUUACAGAGAAACCGAUGGCUCUGCGUUGGAUGAUAGUAGAAUAAAGAGGACAGAAGAUAACCUGUCUUUGCCUUGUGUAAUUAGUUCCUCAGGUAGCUUUUCCCAGAGAAAUCACCUCUUGUCAUCAAGUGGUGUAUCUACCCCAUCCUCAGUUGUUGAUAUACCACCUCCUUUUGAACUAGCUUGUAUCACGAAGAAGCCAAUCACUAAAAGUUCCCCCUCACUAUUAAUAGAAAAUGAAUCUCCUGAUAAGUACUCCAAGAAAAAGAAAUCAUCUUUUAAGAGGUUCCUCACCCUCAAAUUCAAGAAGAAAACAGAAAAUAAGGUCCACGUUGAUGUUAAUGUUUCCUCUUCAAGGUCUUCCUCAGAGUCUAGCUAUCAUGGACCUGCGAGGGUUUUGGAACUGGACAGAAGGAGCCUGAGCAGUUCACCUCAGCUAAAAUCACAUGCUGGAAAGCUGCGGGCUUCUGAAUCUCCUACUACCAUUCUUUUCUACAAGGACGGUAAAAGGAAAGGGACACCCAAAUCCUUUAGCCGGAGCGUGUCGAGAGUGGAGUCUUUUGAGGAUCGGUCUCGACCACCCUUCAUGCCACUCCCCUUAACUAAGCCUAGGUCUAUUUCAUUUCCCAAUGCUGAUACUUCUGACUAUGAGAACAUUCCCGCUAUGAACUCAGAUUACGAAAAUAUACAGAUUCCUCCCCGAAGACCCACCAGGGCAGGAACUUUUACUGAAUUUUUCGAAGAUCCCAGCAGGGCAUUAUCUGCUGCUAAUGAAAAUGACGGCUAUGUGGAUAUGAGCAGCUUCACAGGCUUUGAGAACAAGCAGCAAACCACAGACCAGGAAACAGAAAGUGCCUACACUGAACCUUACAAAGUGUGCCCUAUCUCCAUGAUACCUGUGGAGGAUGUCACAUCAGAUGAAGAACAGAAAAGUUCAGAGGAUGAAGAAAGCAGCCAGGGGGAUUCGAGCCUCAUCCAUAAGAAAGGAGGACACUCCAGAGCUCACCUCAUUGCCCAGGAGCUGGUGUCUUCAGAAAAAACAUACGUGGAGAUGCUCCGGCUGUUACAUACAGAUUUCUAUGAGGCGGUCUUGAAAGUGCUUGGGGAUGAGGAUGAAAGUGAGGAGAAGGAAGCGAAGCUGAAGCAAGGCUUGAGUGAGCUCCCUGAAAUCUAUACACUGCACCAGGAGAUCCUGGAGGAGCUGGAAGAGAGAGUCCUCAACUGGGAGGAACACCAGAAAGUGGCUGACAUUUUUCUCUCCAGAGAAUCAAGGUUCCACCACCACACAGCAUACAUUAUGCAGUUUGAUCGGAAUUUGGCUUUGCUGGAUGAAACCUGCCUUAAAUCUUCCAAGCUGGCUACUGUCAUCCAGAAUUUUGAGCAGAAUGCUGGUAGCAGCCCCAUGAGCAUGAAACACCAGCUUUUGAAAGUGGUACAGCGUGUAUUCCAGUACCGGGUGCUACUCACAGAUUACUUGAAUAACCUUUGUCCUGACUCUGCGGAGUAUGAAAACACACAAGCUGCCUUACUCAUUGUCUCUGAAAUUACAGACCGAGCCAACGACAGGAUGCAGCAAGGGGAAAACUUGCAGAAGCUGGUACACAUUGAGCACAGUGUCAGGGGGCAGAGCAACCUCCUCCAGCCAGGAAGGGAGUUUGUUAAAGAAGGAACGCUGAUGAAAGUGUCCGGGAAGAACAGGCACCCGCGGCAUUUGUUCUUGAUGAAUGAUGUUCUGCUGUACACUUAUCCCCAGAAGGAUGGCAAAUACCGACUGAAAAACACCUUGGCUGUGUCCGGAAUGAGGGUCAGCCGCCCAGUGACUGAAAAAGCCCAAAAUGUCCUGAAGAUUGAAUACGCCGAACACUGUCUCACUCUGUCAGCAAGCUCAUGCUCUGAAAGGGAUGAGUGGUAUAGCUGCAUCAGCAGAAGCCUUCCAGAUGACUACAAAGCUCACAAUACAUCUGCCUUUCACAACAGCAUUGAGCUAAGGGAAAGGCUGGGAAUACCUUUGGGUGAGAGGCCUCCCACCUUGGUACCUGUAUCCCAUGUCAUGAUGUGCAUGAACUGCGGCUGUGACUUUACCCUCACUCUGAGACGCCAUCACUGCCACGCAUGUGGGAAGAUUGUAUGUCGGAACUGCUCAAGAAACAAGUAUGCCCUGAAGUACCUCAAAGAUCGGCUAGCAAAAGUCUGUGAUGGCUGCUAUGCAGAACUGAAGAAGAGAGAACGGCCACUAAGUGUGAUCUUCCCUCCGACUUCAUCCAGGUGUUCGGGCAGUGCCUUCUCCUCCGUCUUCCACAAUAUUCACUACUCUUCCUUCAAGAAGCAAAAGAAAAUUCCUUCAGCUCUUAUGGAGGUAGCAGCUUCAGGAGAAGGAUCAACCAUCAGUGGCUAUCUCAGCAGGUGUAAGAGAGGCAAACGACAUUGGAAAAAGUUGUGGUUUGUCAUCAAAGGCAAAGUCCUCUACACAUAUACAGCAAAUGAGGAUAAAGUCGCUACAGAGAGUUUGCCUUUGCUGGGUUUCACAAUUGCCCCAGAAAAGGAGGAAGGAAGUACGGAUGCAGUUUUCCAUCUUUACCACAAGCAAACCUUGUUUUAUAGCUUCCGAGCAGAGGAUUACAAUUCAGCACAGAGGUGGAUUGAAGCCAUGGAAGAAGCAACCAUAUUAUAGCAGCAGUCAUUCAAUGGACUUGGAAUAAAUUCUCAGAUUUCUAUACAUUCCCAGAGGUCACUUCCUAAUUUCAAGAAGCUGCACAGUGUAUUUCAAACCACCUGGCUAUGGACUAUACACUGGAUAUGGACUGUUUCCAAAAUUGCUCUUUUUUGCUUCCUUCCUCUUAACUCCAUAUUUUUUUGCAAGUGGAAACUUUAAAUAGGGAAUAUUUAUGGUCCUCCUCUUUAUGUCUGUGCAAGUUCAGCCUGCACUGUAACUCGCUCCUAGUCCCACAAUCAACUAAGUUUUAACAACAAAACAAGAAACACAACUGAUAAACAUUUUUUUCUAAACAAUUCACAUGGAAGUACAGGUUAGCAGUUAAGCUGUACUUACUCUAGGCUAUCACCAUCUUUCAUUGUGUUGGUUUUGGUGUCUAAGUGAAAUAAACAAUGUAGUGAACAACAGAUACUCAUUUAAAGCACUUUAUUGUUUUUAUUGAAAUACAGCUUCAUUCCCCUCCCCCCCCCCGGCAUGUUCUGUGGACUGAUUUACCACUAGUCCAUUAACAGUUGCCAGCAUCAAAUUGUUCCCUGUCUAUGUUAAAUUACUUCCACACAACAUGAAUGAAAAAAGAAAGCAAACAAAAAAACAAAAGACCUGCAAAGCAUUAUGAUCUACUAGUACCCUAUGGCUAGCACGCAUGGUAAUUACUUAUAUCAAUUUAUAAUUUUAUGCAAGUUGCUGUAUAAUUUAUUAAAAGGAAUUUCAUGCCAUACCACUACAGAACACUAAAGAACACUACAGGAGUUUGCAAACCCAAAUGAGGAACAUCAUUUUCCAUAAAGACUGCAUAAAUUAAAAUCUCAUUGAGGUUUUAUUUUACUGUACAUCUUGAGACAGUUUAUAUUUGAUACUGGUCUAUUUAAUUAGCUGUAGAGUUUUUAAAUAAUCUGAUAGAAUCUUUAUUUUUAAGACUACAGUUGUUACUGCCGUCUUGGUUAUGACAAAUGCCAUCAAAAUUUAAUUCAUGGUACCAGCAUAAAUUUAAGAGCCACUGGCUGGCCGUAAAGUAUUGAACACGAUCUGUCCAAAUUCUUUAGCACUCCUGUGGCAAAAACUGCAACUUAGAUCACACUUCUGUUGCAUCUCAGACUUAGGGGCCAGAUCCUCAGCCACCAUGUAUCAGUACAACUUCAAUAGGACUAUGCUGAUUGAUACUACCUGAGCAUUUAGCCCGCUCAGUUCCUGUUAUAAGGGGUGGAGAAACAUUAUAAUUAUUGCAAAGAAAAGAUCUAGGUAUCUUAAAUAUAAUACUUGACUGAGGAACAGAAUGGCAUUUAUGACUCAAUUAUACCUUUUUACAAAAUACCAGGUCCAAGAAGUUACUCAUGCUAAAAUACAUUUUCAGGGAAACAUAUUCUUAUUACUUUUUUCUUUCUUUCAAUAAUUUACAUCAAAGCCUGAGCUUCUGGUUCAAAUGUUGACUAGUUAGAAAUGUCCAUAUUUUAAAGGUUUACAAAAUGUAUUCAAGAGAAAUACUUCUAUUUAUCAUCCAAAAUAAAACAUGUAAAAAAAAUAUGGAUCUCAUCUAACAUUAAAUAAAAAUACAGUUGUGCUCUUUCACGGAUAUAUUUGAGUCCCCAAUAGUUUCGUAAAGCACAGACAGUCAUAUGCAAAAAGGAAUUAAUUAUUAAAAAAUAAAGCUUAUAUUGUUAUCUUAAAAUGGGCAAAUGCCAAUGUUAACGCUGUACAGUAUGUUUCAUGUUAAAACUAUGGCCUAGCUUCCAUUAGACUGUAAAUGUUUCUUACUCCUU